UACAAGAGAUAUGCCAGUUUGUACUUCUGCUGUGCAAUGGAGCUCCAGGACAAUGAGCUCAUCACUCUGGAGAUCAUCCACAGAUAUGUGGAACUGCUAGACAAAUACUUUGGCAGUGUUUGCGAGUUAGACGUCAUUUUUAACUUUGAGAAGACGUUCUACAUCCUGGACGAGUUCCUGUUAGCUGGUGAGGCCCAGGAAACGUCAAAGAAAAGUGUCCUGAAGGCCAUGGAGGAGGCGGAUCUGCUGCAGGAGAAUGGAGGUUUUCAGAGCCGUCUGUUUGCAGCUCCAACAUGAUGACUGGACUGUUCCUGCCUGCUGCUGCACAAACAUCUCUAUCUUCACGCUCAUGAUGUUCUUCAGAGACCAGAUGACGUUCUUCACCUUCUGGUCUUGGAUUAAAUUAGGAUUCACAUUUAGA